UAUAGAAAUGGGUGAUGCUCCAAGAAAAUUUGAGAACAACACAAGAUUGUUAGGGGGGACAGAACAAAAUUGGUGCAAAGCAGUGGCUGUUGGAACUGGGAUUACAACAUUGGCCCUCCAAAUUUCAAAGGAACCAGAUAUUCCAAAGUUCAAAAAAGCCCUUCAAAAACUCCAAAAUGACCAUCCUAACCUCAAUACCAUGUUACACAAAAACACCUCAACAGGCACGACUUGUUUCAUCAUCAAUCCACCUAUCCCUCACCUCCGCCUCAACAUAAUGAGUCAGUCGAAAACAACCGAACUUUUACAGACCCUCAUGAGCCAAGGCUCUAACGCGUCCAUGUCGCCGUUACACGUAAUUCUCGAGCAUGAACUCAACAUCAACGAAUGGUCCGAUAUCAGUAGCCGUUCGUUGAGCAUGGGAGGGUUACACCUAUGGUUUGCUAACGUCUACACAUUGCCUGAUAAAAAAUGGGUGUUGGUGUUGAGGCUACACGCGGGGAUAUGUGACCGAACCACGGCUGUUUCGUUGCUUAAGGAGCUCAAGGAAGCCAUGGGGGAGAAAUUAGAAGGAGGCGCAGCAGGGCAUUAUAAAGAGAAAGGUAAUGUUGGAAUAGAGGAACUUAUUCCUAUUGGGAAGGCUAAGAAAACACUUUGGGCACAUGGGAAGGACAUGCUGUCAUACUCGGUUAACUCACUCAGGCUCACAAAUUUGAAGUUUAAGGAUGUGAAAUCUCCUAGAUACUCAGAGGUGUUGAGAUUAAAGAUGAAUGCACAUGAAACUCAUAUGCUUUUGGCUGGUUGCAAACUAAGAGGAAUAAAGUUAAGUGGAGCAUUGGCGGCCGCGACACUGCUUGCAGCCUAUCCCUCCAAGCGACGUCCUAGUAGCAACCACGGGAAGAAAUAUGGAGUGGUGUUCCUAAAUGAUUGCCGCUCAUAUCUCCAACCUGCUCUGUCCAUCCAUGAAUUCGGAUUCUACCAUUCUACUAUCUCAAAUAGUCAUGAAGUGAAAGGAGAAGAAACCUUAUGGGACUUGGCAACUAAGAUCUACAUGACUUUUGAAAACUCAAAGAAUAACAACAAACAUUUCACAGAUAUGGCUGACUUAAACUUUCUCAUGACUAAAGCCAUAGAAAACCCCAGUUUGACUCCUUCGUCUUCCUUGAGAACUUCCUUGGUAAGCGUCUUUGAGGAUCCUGUCAUCGAGACUUCUAGUGAUGCCGAACGAGAGUUUGGACUUGAUGAUUAUAUUGGGUGUGCCUCGGCUCAUGGAGUAGGUCCAUCCAUUGCCCUUUUUGAUACAGUAAGAGAUGGACUGUUUGAUUGUGCGUGUGUUUACCCUGCACCACUACAUUCAAGACAACAGAUACAGGAACUGCUUGAUAGCAUGAAGUUUCACCUUCUUGAAGGUAUAAAAAUGGACGAAAAGCUUCAAAUUUAGGAAUUGCAUAUUUAAUAAAGCAAUUUUACUAUUCACUUUAAUAUGUGAGACUAUCUUUAUAUUGGUCUUUAUUGGAGUACCAUUUUAUGUAUUAUUACACAUUUACAUGCUAUAUAUGUCUUUCUCCCUUAUUGUA